CUCAAUCACUAUUAUUGUCUGAUUGUCUUAAUUUUUUUUUUUAUAUUUACAUUGUACCCUUUUGACAUUUCCUUUGAAUGAUCUUGGGGAUUGGUGUUGAUAUCAUUCAUUUACCUAGAAUUGUAAAAGUGGUCAAACAUAGUCGUGAACGUUUUGCUCGUAGGAUUUUAAGCCCCACAGAAUAUCAAGAAUUCUUUCAACGUUUUCCUAAGCCAACAGAUGCUAUACAACAACAACAAGAAAUUCUUUAUCUUGGAUCGAGAUGGUGUAUUAAAGAAGCAGUUUAUAAAGCACUUUAUCCAAUUCAUAAAUUAGAAUGGAAACAAGUAACUGUCACUAAGGAAAAAGGUAAACCAGGUCUUCAUAUUAUUAAUGGGUCUAAACAUGGUAUUCAUCGUUCCCAUGUCAGUUUAUCGCAUGAUGGUGAAUAUGCUAUAGCUCAAGUUAUCCUGGAAUCAAAAGAUUAACACUCCGUCUUGGGUACAACUGUCGCACCUGCUUACCGUCUUAAAUGGGCCUUUUUUUUGCUGUUAUUUUCAUCGAAAAUUUUUAUUACUUUUUUUUUUUUCUCUCUCUUCUUUUUAUUUAUUCUUUUUAUUUUUUAUUUUUUCUUCUUCUUCUUUUUCUUCUUUAUACCAUUUAUCCUUAUAUCAUUUAGGACAUAAUAAAAUAAUAUUAUAUUAGUAUAGAUACAAGAAU